AAGCACGACAACGACACGACGCCAUGUCAGAUUCCGGAGCAGCACCGGCGCAGUACAAACAGGCCAGUCGCAAGGGCAAAAAGGCCUGGCGCAAGAAUGUCGACGUCACCGAAAUCAAGUCUGGCCUUGAAGAAGUGCGCGAUCAGAUCAUCCAAGGUGGUGUAAUUGCGGAAAAGACCGCAGACGAACUUUUCUCCGUCGAUGUCCUGGGAUCUGCUGAGAUCCAGAAAGACGUUGCUAAGCGACACAAGCCUCUCAAGGUCGACGAGAUCCUCGCCAAGCGCUCUGCCGUUCCCGCCGUCUCCACCAGGAAGCGACUAUCCGACAUCGCCGAUGAUGGCAAGAGGAAGAAGGCCAAGAUCUCGGGCAAGGAAUAUGACCGGCUGAGGGCAAUUGCGUAUGGAGGCGAGCAAGUCAAAAAGGAUGUAGUCCAGACUGAGGACGCUGCGUACGAUCCAUGGGCAGUGCAAGAGGUCAAGGAGGAUCCCAGAUUCGAUCUCUUGGAAAAGAAGAAGCCAAAGGUCGAGCCCAAGACUCUGAAGCACGCACCCAUUUCGCAGGCAAAGACAGGAAAGGCGAUUCCGUCAGUCCGCAAGCCGACCGGCGUAAAGUCAUACAAUCCCAACUUCGACGACUGGAAAAACGACCUCCUGCGCCAAGGUGCAAAGGAGCUCGAGGCUGAGAAGAAGCGCUUACAAGAAGCACGUGAAGAGGCCGAGCGCAUGGAGCGAGCAGCCGCUGAAACCGAAUCAGACUCUGGUGAGGAGAGCGUCUGGGAGAGUGAGUGGGAAGGCUUCAGUGACAGCGAGAACAAGGAGAUCAAGAAGAAGAGACCCGAAAGGAAAUCUCUAUCACAACGCAACAAGAUCAAGAGGAGAAAGGAGGCACAACGAAAAGCUACACACGAAGCUAAGAUGAAGGCCAAGGAGCAGCAGUUGCAGGAGGUCAAGCGGUUGGCCAAGAGUGUAGAGGAGAAGGAGAAGGCGAGAGCUGAGAAGAUCAAGGUCCUAGAGCAGCUGAAUGCCGAGCUAGAUUCCGAGGACGAUGGAGAAGAGAUAGAGCUUAGGAAGAAGCAGUUUGGCAAGGCCCCUCUUCCAGAGGCUCCGCUCGAGGUUGUCACAACCGACGAACUCACCGAUUCACUACGCCUUGUCAAGCCCCAGGGUAACCUACUCAAGGACCGCUUCAGGAAUAUGCUACUUCAAGGCAAGGUCGAAGCCAGGAGACAAAUCCCAUAUGGCAAGCAGAAGAAGUACACGGUAUCUGAGAAAUGGAGUUAUAAGGAUUGGCAACUGCCUAAAUAGAUUUACGAUACCGAUACCAUCAGGAGCGCAUGAAAACCCGACGGCAGUCCAAUACUACUCUUUCGCCGUUG